GCGAGAGCGUUUCCGGGUCACAUGGCCCGUUGUCGUUGUGGGCGGAGAGGAGAGCAGGGCCCAGCGUGACGCGGCAGGAGAGGAGUACGGCAACCGGCAACAUGGUGGGAGUGAAAGUGAUCGGAGGAGACGGAGAGUUCCAACCCGAGCUCAGCGCCGCCGGUUCCAGGCUGAGUGUGGUCAAGUUUACCAUGAGAGGGUGUGCGCCAUGUGUGAGGAUAUCGCCAGCGUUCACAUCGCUUAGUAAUAAGUAUCCACAAGCCAUCUUUCUGGAAGUGGACGUACAUCAGUGCCAAGCAACAGCCGCAGCCAACAAUAUAUCGGCAACCCCCACGUUUUUAUUCUUCCGAAAUAAAGUAAAAAUUGAUCAGUACCAAGGUGCAGAUGCUGCUGGUUUAGAAGAAAAAAUUAAACAGCACUUGGAGAAUGAUCCCGGGAACAAUGAAGAUGCGGAUAUUCCCAAAGGAUACAUGGAUUUAAUGCCUUUCGUAAGCAAAGCUGGCUGCGAAUGUCUUAAUGAAAGUGAUGACAAUGAGUUUGACAACUGCUUAAGGAAAGACCCCACGUACCUUGAAUCGGACUGCGAUGAACAGCUCCUGAUCACUGUAGCUUUCAACCAGCCGGUUAAAUUAUAUUCUAUGAAGCUUCAGGGACCUGAUAAUGGUCAGGGUCCAAAGUACGUAAAAAUCUUCAUAAACCUCCCACGAUCCAUGGAUUUUGAUGAAGCGAUGAGAAGUGAACCUACUCAAGCUGUGGAAUUGACAGCAGAUGACAUAAAAGAGGAGAGCAUUAUACAGCUACGCUAUGUCAAGUUCCAGAAUGUAAAUAGUGUAACGCUAUUUGUCCAGUCCAAUCAGGGUGAUGAGGAGACAACCAGAAUCACGUACUUUACUUUUAUCGGGACCCCAGUACAGGCAACAAAUAUGAACGACUUCAAGAGGGUCGUAGGAAAAAAAGGAGAGAGCCAUUGAGCACACAAAGAUCACCGUCUGAGAAUGCUGGAUUGUCGAGAAAAGUGCGAUUUUUGUUCAAGAGAAUUAAUGUUUCCUUCAGAUAAAUCCCAAUAAAUCAUUGAAUUUUGUUAAUCUGAGUUUCCUAACAGUGAUUUUAUUUGGACCUGGCUAUGCGCAUUUGUAAAUAAAUACGUCUACUUUUGCCAAAUGACUUUGCGUCUGAAGAAUUUGCUGGGGGUCCAGUUCACGUAACAGUCGGAUGUGUAUGGAAUUCAAAAUCACUGUUUCGCCCUAGAUAAAAAAAACAAUAUAAAAUAUUUAUUUUCUG